GAUAGAGGAAGGGUUGCAGAAGUAAGUAUUAAUAGUCUAGACUAGACUACUGAGAGUAGUCUUUUAAAGUGUGAAACAUUAUCAAUCGAAACUCUUUUUUGUGGCUUGGGCAACCAAGUAAGUUGACUGGCAACCACUGCUGCAUCGUUCAUUGCUUUAUACUUCUAUAGUUUGUCUCCUUUGACCAUGGGGAGUGCAGCGUUUGAGAUCAAUGAGAUUCUGCUCCCCCAAAUCUCUGCCGUUGUGAGCAUGAUGGGGAGCUCCUUGAUCAUUGGCGAAGUGGUGCAAGAUUGGAAGGUUCAGGGUCGAAAUUUGGGAGCCCUUUCCCGCACUCUACUCUCCAUGAGUGUGGGAGAUUUGCUCUUUUCCUUUGGCUGGUUCAUGGCCAGUUUUGUGAUUAGCCACGAAGAAGACCCCGAGAAUCGGCAUAUGGAGCCGACCAGUGGAGGCUGCAAGUUUCAGGCAUUUAUCAUCCAAAUGGGCUUUCUAGCUUCCAUCUCCUUCAAUGCUUCCCUCGCCAUUAUAUACUUGCUCAUGGUCCAACACAAUUGGACGGGACAACGCCUCAUUCGAACCUUCCAACCGGUCGCCUUUGGAUUGUGGACUGUGAGUUUUGUCGUGGCACUUCUUCCCCUCAUUCUCAAUCUCUACCACGAUGCCGGCCCAAUGUGCUGGAUUGCCUCGGAUGACGCCAAUGUGGAUGUUUCCAACUUGGUCUUUGUGCUGCAAAUUAUACCCAUUUGGGUUUGCGCCUUGAUGGACUCGGUCAUCAUGUUCCUGGUCUAUCGCAAGACCAAGCAACUGGAACAGACAGCUCUUCGGAAUUCCUUCUUUGGACUUGAGGAGGAGGAGGAAGAAGAAGACCUUAGUGACAUGUCUAGUAGAUCUAAUCAAGAGCAACAACAUUCACAGCCUCCUGGUCAACGCAAUACGAAAACAUCUGAACCUGUGUUUGAGGAUGAUUCAGAAGGCCAGCCUGGCCCUGUUUCCAGAGUAGUACAGGCGAACACUGCAGAACCAGUGGACAGAGAGGACCUUGAGGCACAGCUGGGAUCAUCGAGCGAAGAUUGCAACCAGAGAACUUCAAGCACUCAUCUACGCACCUCUUCCGCUUCCCAAAAUCAUUUCUCCCACAUUGCUGCAGUCCAGGGCCUCUGGUACAUUGGAGGCUUCUUUCUCACCUUUGGACCGGCAACUCUAUCCGUCGUGGUGUACCUGGUGUCGGGAAGUUACAAUGUUCAGCUGUAUCGCAUGUCGUACUUCUUCUUGGCGCUGCAGGGCCUUUGGAACUUUCUCAUCUUUAGUCGAGGACGACGAGAAAUGAAGACUUGGAUCGGCGGCAAGGUCAAACAGAUGGUGUGGGGCGGUCUGUGCUGCCGCUGUUGUAUCUUCUUGCCCACACGAAGUGGGGACACUUCCCCCGCGUCGUCAUCGCAGCAGCCGAGCAGCCGAUGGAUGGCCCGGUCCAACGAAUCCACUUUGGUCCACAAGAACAAGAUGACUACCUUGUUCUCGGCGAUUUCAAACGCUUCCACGGUGAUGCAUUCCAACCAACGAAACAGUUCCACCAAGACGGCAAAGACUGAACCUUUGGUAGAGAGUAGUCUCCGUUGGAGUGCACGAGGAUCGGCAACGUCUCAUCAUGGCUGUGCGCUCUUGCCUCCCCAAUGUCCCCAACGCGACCUCUCCGCACAUAGUAGUGAGCCCGGCAUGGACGAGGAUCUCGAACACGACACCAGCAACAAUGCUUCCAUCAGUGAACUAUCAUUGCCAUCUCUCAUCAUGGACCGCAACACGGCUCCGCAGCGUCCUCAGCGGAUUCCUUCUGAUAGAGAAAUGUCGUCGUCGUCGUCAUCAUCAUCUGCUUCUGCUUCUUCCUUCACUGACGAGAUCAGCGCCAGUGCUGGCAAUACAACAAUCGUCAGCAUGAACGCAUCGCCGCAGACGUCGGAUCGACAAGUGUCGGCAGGUCCACCACAACGUCCUCAAAGAGUGCCAUCCACGUGCGAGCUAUCAUCUUGCGACGGUUCCUCGGAUUUGGAGUCAGACAGUGACGAGGAGGACAUGUCUUCCACCACCAGCAACACAGACGGAGAAAACGACCGCGUGGAGGGCUAGUCUAGCUAGAGCUGACAGCUGACAGUGAAGACUGAUCUACGAACGCUCGAAAGAUCCAGCAGCGACUGCCUUGGAUUGUCCAAGGAACAGUUGAAGUAGCAACGGAGCAAGAAGGCGCGCACACCCAACGCGAGAAGACGAGCCAAAACCACGCACCCCUGCGCUACAGUAGUAUGAUCCCUUUCAGAAAUGGGAUGGCUUCUUCCUCGACGGAGCUCCAGCCGGUAAAGGCAUGGAGGAGAGCAUUUCAGUGAUGGCCCAUCGCCUUCCUUUUCAGUCAGGCUUGUAUGGCCCGUUGCCCAUAGAAGCGUCAAUCUUCAAUCAAAACACGUUUCUUGUUGUCGUUCGCAGCCAUAUUGACAUAAAGACUUUUGGCAUUUCUGAAGGACAACGGAUGUCCAGCUGUCACAGUAGCCCAGAAUGUGGCAAUUCAUAAAAAAACGAUGGGCAACCUGGAUGUCUGCGGAAUUGCGCACGUCGAUCCCUCUGUUUCACAACCCCCCUAGGCCAAAAGUUUGCAUUCUUUUGUUCCGGUUCUGUACAACUCAAAUCAUUCCCUUCAGUCGUAGAUCUAAAAUGUCAGUUGUUUCGUUACGAUGCUGCCU